UGUGGGCGGACACCGGCGCCGAGUGAGGGAGCUGCUGCGGGAUGAGUUACCAGCCGCUCCCCAGCGACGAGGGGACCCACGGAGCCAGGGCCCACGGGAAGGGGCUGAGCUCGAGCCAGCUUCUGAAAGACUUCCGAGCUGGCAGUACUCAGACUUGUCCAGAGUUGGUGUGCAGUUGGAUUCUGAUCGUCCUUACUUAUCUCUUUAUGAUCCUCACUUUUCCAGUCACAGGCUGGUUUGUGCUAAAGUCCGUGCCGAAAUAUGAGCGGUUUGUGGUGUUCCGCUUAGGAAGAAUUCUCGGCAGCAAGGGCCCUGGAAUGAUCCUCCUGUUGCCUUUCAUUGACCGGUGGCAGAAAGUUGACCUCCGAUCUAAAACUUUCAUUAUUGCACCAUUUGAGGCAAAAUGUAAAGAUGAAGCCGUGAUCAAUGUGGGUGCAGAAGUGCAGUACCAUAUCUGGAAUCCAGUCCUGUCUGUAGCAUUAGUGGAGGAUAUUGACAGCACUACGGCUUACACUGCACAGAAUGUAAUGAGGCGCUUGUUGCAUAAGGAAACUCUGGCGCAAAUCCAGGAGGACAAAAGUAAAACUGGAGAACACUUAGCGUUUGAGGUCAACAAAAAAACCAAACACUGGGGUAUGGAAGUGCAGAGGGUAGACCUGAUUCUGCACAGCGUGUUAAACAGACCGGAAGAGGAUCAAUCACGUUCUGAGACCUCUCCACCCAGCAGUCGAUUAGAAAAACUUCCUGCUCCUCUACGGAAGUUGGCCACGCAAAUGAUGCAAAACAGACGAUCGCCACAAUCAGUGCACCUUUCUUCACGUUACAGUGAGAGCGAAGACAGUAUUCGGACCCCAUCUAUAAUGACUGAAUCGGAAGACCUGGAGAGUGACAUUAUCAGUCCAGACUGGAUACUUUCUAAAGUGAGAGCAUUCCUUUCUGAGGACCUCGUGAAACAGAUUGGAGCCUGUUACCUUUUCAGUGUUAACCAGAAGGAUGGGACUCAGAAUUUGUAUUUUCUGGACCUUAGCAGAGAUUCUGGCAAAGCCGGCUAUGGCAUGCCUGAAGGAGACCCUCAUGUCACUUUGGAAGUGACAGAAGACACCAUGCAGGGUCUGUUCUCAGGGGACCUCAAGCCGUUUUCCGCCUACAUGAGUGGACGGAUACGCGUACAGGGUGAUUUGAAACUCGCAAUGAAGCUGGAGGAUCUCAUUAAGAAGCUGAAUCGAUGAUGCAGCAAAAAGGCGCACACCCAGCAUACCCCGGACACAGCCUCCUAAGUGUCACGUCUUGUGUUUUAUUUAUUUUUGUUAUUUUCUCUGUACUAUCAUAUUGUUUGUAGUUUUUUAUGGAUUGGUAAUGCAUUUUGGGUAUAAAAAAUAGUUUGUCAUACUAGAUUGCACUGCCAUGCUAUGUGACCUAAUUCUCUGGUACGAGAUUGCAGUUAGCUUUGUUGUGCUUCUGAAUCUCCCAAGGAGUGAGUGGUUAUGGUUUGGAAUGCAUUUCCUGAGGAGGCUGUUGGAAGCAGACUCAGUCGUGACUUUCAAAAAGGAAUAGAAUCUGCAUUCGGAGACGAGAUUUGCUGGGCAGUGGCACUAAUCAGAUGACUCUUUUAAAGGCUGGGUGUUAGGCCGAGUAUCAGUGCUGUUUUUCUUCAACAAGGUCACUCGAGUGGCUGAAAUUCUUGUAGUUUUGUACAAGUCUAGCAAUGAAGCUUGAUUACAACAUAGUGCUUUAGUCCUUUUAUUGAAAAAACAAUGUAAUAUUUUAAAUAUUUGGUGGAUGAGCAAUUCGAUUACUGAGAGUAGAAAUUAACCUCCUGGGUGAUUUGGACAAUGCUGUCCAUUGGAACUGCCAGUUUUACAACAUUACAGUCGUGACGAGUCAAAAAUUGCUAUGGUACAUUUUGAGGCUAUGAGAGGUGCUAUAUAAAUGCAAGUGUCUUUUUAUUUAAUGCAGCCUUCACUGAAGGUGAAUUGCAGUAAACGCUGAACACUUGAAAGCUAAUUUUGUGUUAAUUUUUACAAAAUUAAUUAACAGUUGAAACAAUGGGAAGAGGAGUGCUCUUGAUUGAUUGUUUGUUUAUAAAAUGUAAUCAAGCCGAAGGAGGAAUUCUGAUCGAUUUCCGAAUUUAUUAACUGCAACAUAAAAUCCAAGAAAUCAAAUCUGUGUACUGGGAUCGAAAUAAAUUGUCUCACUGUUUGUA